GCAGAGGGAAACCUUUUUCUGACGGACUGCGCGACUGCAAGAGCGUUCCCAAAUGUGUAUUUCCGUAUUCGUUUCACGUUGAAAUUUCCAGACAACAAGAAAUAAUGACAGCAUACGAUUAUUCAAAACAUUACAUUUGUAUUUGUAUUUUGUUGAAAAUUAAAAAAAAACAGCUGUAAGUUAAAAAAAGAAGACUUGCCUUUGGAUGUGACAUUUUUGACAGCUCAGUUAAAUCUGGAUAUUUGGAUAUUUACGAUGCGUUUAAAAUAGUGGAUUGUCCUCUUGAUGUGUGGACCACCGGUACUUGGUUUAGGUGACAUUUGCCGGCUCAUGGUUGACGCUUAUGUAUUAACUUGAAUGUUUCCUAUUUACACGAGUGCAACUAAUAAGGCAGCCCACUCAACAUGAAACAACGUGUGUUGUUUUCCGCUCCCAAACUGUGGCCGCCUGUCAGGUGUUUACAAGGCAGGUUGUGCUGUAAUUCAAGCAGCAGUGUAGUUAGUGCCAGGGAAAAGCGGCUAGUAUCGGAUCAUUUCAAGACUCUGAUAUCUUCUGGUCCAACUUUUCAUGAUUUCAUCCAAGGACUCACCGCUAAUAAAACAUGUACUCCAGACAUACAAGUAGAAGACAAACACGAUUGUUUUUCUACUGACUUGGAGAUGGGAAAUUUUCGAAAGGUCUAUUUUGAAACGUAUGGCUGUCAAAUGAAUGUCCGUGACACGGAUAUUGCCUGGUCCGUAUUGCAGAGGAGUGGAUACCAACGCACGACACAUUUACGCGAGGCAGAUGUGGUCCUUCUUGUAACAUGCUCCAUCAGAGAAAAAGCUGAACAAAAAAUUUGGAACAGACUUCGGCAGCUGACAGCCAUGAAGAAUAAGCGCCUUAAGAAUCGGACACCAAUGAAAAUUGGCAUUUUAGGUUGCAUGGCAGAGAGACUGAAGACGGAGCUUUUGGAACGAGAGAAACUUGUCGAUGUCCUCGCCGGGCCAGACGCCUACCGGGAUCUCCCCCGUCUAUUGACUGUGGCUGAGGGAGGUCAACAGGCAAGCAAUGUGCUGCUUUCAUUAGAGGAGACCUACGCUGACAUCAUGCCUGUCCACCACUCUUCUCAGGGACACAGUGCUUUUGUGUCCAUCAUGCGGGGCUGUGACAAUAUGUGCAGUUACUGCAUUGUUCCCUUCACUCGAGGCCGCGAAAGGAGUCGACCUGCCAGCUCUAUUCUCGAGGAAGUCCGUAUCCUUUCCGAUCAGGGAGUGAAGGAAGUGACAUUGCUUGGUCAGAAUGUGAACAGCUACAGAGACACAUCUGAAGAACAGUUCUGUGGUGCGGUUCCGACAAAGCUGAGCCGCGGCUUCAAGACUGUGUACCGGCCUAAACUGGGAGGUCUACGUUUCUCAGACCUGCUGGACAGAGUGUCACAGGUUGAUCCUGAUAUGAGGAUCAGAUUCACAUCACCCCAUCCUAAAGACUUUCCUGAUGAGGUUUUGCAUCUAAUUGCGGAGAGAGAAAACAUUUGUAAGCAGAUCCAUCUUCCAGCUCAAAGUGGGAGCAGUCAGGUCUUGAAAGCUAUGCGCCGUGGGUAUACAAGAGAGACAUACCUUGAAUUGGUACAGAACAUCAGGAAUAUUAUUCAAGAGGUAAGUCUCAGCAGUGACUUCAUCUCAGGCUUUUGUGGCGAGACAGAAGAAGAUCACCAGCAGACCUUGUCUCUCAUUAGAGAAGUGGGCUACAACAUCGGGUUCCUUUUUGCCUAUAGCAUGAGAAAGAAAACCCCUGCAUUCCAUAACCUUAAAGAUGAUGUGCCAGUGGAUGUGAAGCAGCGUAGGUUGGAAGAGUGUAUCACUGUGUUCAGACAGGAAGCUGCAAGGGUCAACGCUGCUCUUAUUGAUAGCACACAACUUGUCCUGGUGGAGGGGGAGAGUAAGAGAUCUGCCGAGGAGCUGUGUGGGAGAACAGAUGGCAAUAUGAGGGUGAUCUUCCCCAAAGAGGAUGUUGCUGUUCAUUCUGCAGAGUCCAACACAGCUGUAAUCAACACUGGAGACUAUGUGCUAGUGAAGGUUAUUUUCCAGCAAGUUGUCAACCAUAAAUUGGCUAAAGAAUAGGUAUUAUUGAACACUCCCGAAUGUUCCUGAUCUUGAGACGUCCAUGGCUUAAAGUACUCCAGCGUCCUGAGAGACUGGAAUUCCCAGGAACUUGAAGGUCUCGACGGUUGACACAGGGCAGUUGGACAGUGUGAGGAGCAGCUGUGGCGAAGGAUGUUUCCUGAAAUUCACGAUCCUCUCUUCCGUCUUGAGCGUCUUCAGCUCCAGAUUGUGUUGGCCGCACCAAAGCUCCAGCCGCUCCACUUCUUGUCGAUACGCAGUCUCGUCACAGUCUUUGAUGAGGCCGAUGACUGUGGUGUCGUCUGCAAAGUUCAGGAGUGUGACAGCCGGGUGCGUUGAGUAGAAGUCGUAAGUUCGUGUAGAGAAGAGCAGUGGACAGAGGACGCACAAUACAAGAAGGAUAUUGUCAGCCAGCUCGCAGAGUUUGAGAGGUCAAGCCUUGUGUCACAGACGUCCCAUGAUGCAGUCAGCACUUCUGCCCAGCAAUUAAUAUGAUAAACAUUUGCCUCUACCCAUCCACGAUUGCCAUAUGACCUUGAUCGACACUCAGGAAACAAACUACAGUAUGUCAAACUGUCAUCUUGUCAAAAAGACAUUUCAACCAUCUGUGUCACUUUGGACCCCUGUGUUUGUGUUGAUCUAAUGUGAUCCUUGAACUUUGUGUUGUUACAAAAACACAUCUGUUAGUAUGUGCAAGUUGUUAAGAACGCUAUUAUGGUUGAAAGUGUUUAAACUGUCGAGUUCAUCAAUUUAAGGAAAACAUAUUUGGUUUGUUAUUUAAGUUUCAGGAUUUUGGUAAAUGGCGAUACAGUCGGUCUUCUGAGAGCUCUUUGGAGCAGGCAUGCACCACAUCAGGCAGUGCUUCUCUACAAGAGACAAUUCUAAACUGGUGUGUGUUUUCUAGUGGUUAAAGAAGCUUUAAGCCACAUCGCCAAUCUGCUUUCAUUGAUUGGACUCCAGGUUGGCUCACACCAGACUAAUUAGCUCUUGGAGAAUCAGUAGCCUGGAGAUUGACUUACUUUUUCCAUCGCUGUCCUAUGAAUGUUUACGUUAUUUCCAAUUUAAAAAAAAAAAUAAUAAUUUUGUGGUUUUAGUUUAA